AAGAUGCUCUACACUCUACACUCUACCCUUCCCAAAGGAGGAAGACCUUAGUGCAGGCUGUACAGAUAUGGACGCCAUGUUUUCUCGCCUUUCCUUUCUGAUAAUCAUUCUCUCUUUAUUUGCAGGGAGAGGCAUUGCAGAAAAGGCUAGGGCGCUCUUCGUAUUCGGAGACUCUUACGCCGACACAGGAAAUAAAGAUCCAUACAAUCAAAGUAUAAACCAGCCAUGGAGAAGACCAUACUGUUUGACCUGGCCUGGCUAUCCCGCAGGCAGAUUUUCUUCUGGAAAAAUCCAGACAGACUUUUGGGGGGAUAUUUUAGGGCUUCCCGUUCCCAUAGCUUAUGAGCUGCUGAGAAGUCACGACUGUAAAGCAACUGCAAAGAAGACUAGAAAAGGAGUGAAUUUUGCAGUUGGAGGAAGUGGAAUAUUUCAAGCCUACGGUUUCAUAACAGUAGCACAACAGGUGAAGCAGUUUAAGAAACUGACAGCAGGAAGUCACGGGUUCGAAUCUCGCAAGCUCUCGCGGUCUGUAGUUCUUAUCUCUGUGGCCGGCAACGACUACGGUGCAUUCCUUUCUAGUAGAAACGGCUCCAUUCAGGGACUGAUCGAUCUGGUGAAACCUGUGGUAAGCGGGACAAUCGACGCUGUGAAAGAGUUGUAUGAAAGCGGACUUAGGAAUUUUGCGGUGAGUAAUAUUGGUCCGUUUGGGUGCACGCCUCAGAUCGGCAAAACAUCCUGUGAUUCAAACUACGAUUACUUUGUAGCUCUUCAUACAAGAUUAUUGAGAGAGGGUGUAGAAAGCCUCAAAUCGGAUCUCAAGGAAUUGUCCAUCAUAAUUUCAGAUUUGGUGUCUGCGGUUAAUCAUAUAUUCUCCAGUCCUGCACAAUUCGGUUUUAUGGAUUUGUUCUUCCCUUGCUGUGCUAUAAAAGGUGGUGUUGAAAUGUGUGGAGUGGUGGACGAAAUAGGCAGGCCUUUAUUUGAAGUGUGUUCUAACGUGAAAGAAAAGUUUUUCUGGGAUUCAGUCCAUCCAACACAGCGAGGAUGGAAUGCGAUAAUGUCGUUGUACAGUAAUGGGGCAAAAGAAGAGAAUAUCAGUAUCAGUUUUAUUGAGGGGGCACCAAAUGUUAUUGAGUGGAUAGAUUCCCUUGGAUUUGUGGCUUACAAUAUCUCCACAAUGUUUUCAUCGAAAUAAGCUUUUCAUAGGAAAUUUGUGUAUCCUUUAAAUAAAUAUCAUGUACCUAUGUGAUUUCAGAACAUUUCUUUAAAGAUUCUCUGCAAUAGAAAAGAAGAGGCCGAAUUUUAUUUUUCAUGAGAAUGAAAUUUAUAAUUUUUUUAAUGCAAUAGUGCAACCCUCGGAAAUGUGAUGCUGCAAAAGUAGUAU